AAAGUUGAAAGGUCAUGUCGCGGUUUUUGAUGAUGUCACGGCAUUGUGAAGUAGCAGUCAGAUGGAAGUUUAGAAGAUUUGCAGUUUGUAAAGAUAACUGAAUCCGCAUUUAUGUCCCUAUGAAACGGACAGCUGUUUGGAUGCCUGGCAUCUAAAACUUGCACUAUGCCAGCGGCAACAGUGGAUCACCACCCAAGAAUCUGUGAAGUGUGGAUUUACAACCUAGAAGAAGAGAUGAAGAAGAUUCGUAAGGUGGUUCGCAAAUAUAAUUAUAUUGCAAUGGACACAGAAUUUCCUGGAGUAGUAGCAAGACCGAUUGGAGAAUUUAGAAGCAAUGCAGACUACCAAUACCAAUUACUACGGUGUAACGUAGACUUAUUAAAGAUUAUUCAGCUAGGAUUGACCUUUAUGAAUGAAAAUGGUGAAUAUCCUGCUGGCACAUCAACAUGGCAGUUCAAUUUUAAGUUUAACUUAACGGAAGAUAUGUAUGCACAGGAUUCUAUAGAGCUGCUCACGUCGUCUGGUAUCCAGUUUAAAAAACAUGAAGAUGAAGGGAUUGAAACUACUUACUUUGCAGAACUGCUAAUGACAUCAGGAGUAAUACUAUGUGAUGGGGUCAAGUGGCUGUCAUUCCACAGUGGUUAUGACUUUGGCUAUUUGAUAAAAAAUUUAACAAAUACAAACUUGCCGGAAGAAGAAUUGGACUUCUUUGAGCUCCUCCGAUUAUUUUUCCCAAUUAUUUAUGACGUGAAGUACCUUAUGAAAAGCUGCAAAAAUCUCAAGACUUCCUUUUCAUCACUUAAAAUUAACAGUGGGAUUGAAAUUUCACUCACUGCAUAA